GUGAAACGGUAACAAGUAACAACUUUUAACGGCAGUGCCGUUUAAUGGGAGACUGUGUCAAAUUACAAAUGUAAACCGUGGAGAUAAAUAAGCAAAGGGGCUAAUAACUGCAGUAAUGGACCACCAGAAAACUAUUCGGAUAAAAGAUGAAACAAAUGAAACAGCAGGUUCACCAGGCUCCAUUGUCCAGGUAUACCACUCCAGUGUGAAAAUAAAGGAAGAAUGGCAGGAGACUGGGAAUCAAGAGUUACUUCAAGAUCCAUUAAAAAUUGAAGAUCCAUGUUAUGACAUAAAGGAAGAGCCAGGACUAAAACUGAAUGAGAGACUCUCUGAGCAUAGUUAUCUGGAAGACUCAUUUUUAGCCUCGGGGUCCACUGAUUCUAUCAAGGAGGAUCCAGUACUAACUUCAGGAGCAGAAGAAACUGAGAAUUUUAUGUUCAGCGAUCCCAAAUAUGAUCCUCUGGGAGUAAAGACAGAGGAGGGCUCAGCAUUUGAGAGUGAUUGUCUUGAUGAGUACGAUCCAUUGAGCAUAGCAGAUGAUGAGGAGGUAGUCUCAACAAUAUGUCCACCACACUGUACACGGUGACUGGUGAAAACAUUCAUGUUGAACUCAUUCCUAAA